AUGCCUCUUCGAAGAUCAGCACGUAUUGCUGCCAAAGAAAAAUCCAAUGUGCAUCCAUCCAUAGUGGAUACUGAAAGUGAUGACCAAAUAACCGAUAAUGCUAAGAAACCUUCCCGUAAAAGAAGAAAGAAAAAUGUGAUAACCGAUAAAUCUGUUGAUAUUGCUCCUACCAAGGUUACAAGAAAUAAAGAAACAUCAAAUAUAAGUCAAGAGUUUUUAGACAAGACUAAAGAGGCAUCAAAUUCAAAAAAAGUGUCAUCGGUUAAGGAUUUUAAUAAAGAAUUAGAUAUUAUUUCCAACUCGAAAAUUAUUGAUAAGGGAAAAUCAAAGGAGGUCGUUCAUCAUUCUGAUGGAAGUACGAGUAUUUUUGAAACCAUAGAUACCGAAUGGUUACAACUUAAAAAAUGUGGACAGCAACAUAAUGUUCAUAAUAUGCAUGAAGAUGAAGAUAAUAGUGACAAUAGUGACGAAUGGGAGGAAGUCGAUUUGUCACAAUAUAAUAAUAACUUGUCUGAUUUGCAAGUUAGUUCAAUUCCAAACGAGACAAUUGAAAUCACCUUCAAGGCUCCAAAGAUUGAAUACAAACCCAAAGGAAUCACUAAGAUAGAAAGAGCUAUACAGCAAAAUAUUCAUAAAACCCAUUUGUUAACACUUCUUACUCACGGUAUAAUUAGAAAUAAAUGGUGCAAUGAUGAUUUGACAAAGGCUAUAGCAUGUUCAUUAAUUGAACGUGAUAUGUUAGCUCUUUUUGAUCAAGUUCUAUGCUCAAGAGGGAGAUUCACGUUAAUUACAGCGUUAGAAGAGUUGGUUAGAUGGUGGAGAUCAUAUUUUAAAAUCACGAAACCUGGACUCCGUGCAAGGGAUGCAAGAGAUUACAAAGAAUUUAAAGUUAAUGAUAUUUUUAAGAUUGAUGAAACGUUUUGUGAACAUCAUUCUUCUAUCGAUUCCUUUCGCAAAAGUCUUCAAGACGGAGGCGGGAGUCGUGACACAUCUGCACAAUUAUUUGUUGCUUUAUUAAGGUCUUUGGGAAUUCCUGCUCGUUUGGUAUUUUCUUUGCAAGUAGUCUCAUUCAAAAUUACGCGUGUGAAUAAUUCGUGCCAAAAAAGUACUGAAGAAAUUACUGAAAGAUCAGAAAAAAAAGAUAUACAUGGUGAUGAUAAUGUUCAAAGAAUACUUGGACUUGGAAAAUUCCGAAUGCAUCGUAAAGUUAAUAGUAGUGACAAUAAGCGAAAAAUCAAAUCGGAUGACGAUUAUGAUCCUACUGUUAAAGAAAAGCCUGCUGUUCGUUCUCGCAGGUCGCGGAGCAUCUCUAAAAAUAUACGAGCAGAAUCAUCUAGUUGUUUUAUCUUUGAUCCUGAUUCGGCUCCAAUUUUCUGGUGCGAAGUAUAUUACGCGACCCAAAAAAAAUGGAUAUGUGUUGAUCCGAUUCGCGCUCGAGUUAAUGCUCCAAAAUCAAUGGAACCUCCUUCAAAUGUCAAAGAUAAUAUUAUGGCCUAUGUCGUUGCUUAUGAAGAAGAUGGUUAUAUGAAGGAUGUUACUCGUAGGUACUCGACUCAAUGGGGUGCUCGAACUCGCAAAUUACGCGUACCUGAAAAAGAUGGACAGAGUUGGUGGGAUGAAACAUUGACAUAUUUUGCUCGUCCGUAUGAGAGGGAACGAGAUAAAAUUGAAGAUUCUAAUUUACAUAGCAUGGAAAUUUCCGAACGCAUUCCUACAACUAUUGGCCAUUUUAUUAAUCAUCCACUGUAUGCUCUCGAGCGUCAUAUAAAGAAAUUUGAAAUUAUAUUCCCAAAAACACCAAUUAUCGGACAUAUCCGAGGUGAACCAAUCUAUCCGCGGAAGAAUGUCAAGCAGUUACAUACUGUUGAGACAUGGUUGAGAGAAGGCCGUCAAGUGAUGGAAGGGCAACAACCGGUCAAAUAUGUGAAAUCUCGUGUAUUUACAUUAUCUAAACGUCGAGCAGCAAGUAUGGCAGAGUUAUUUAAUCAAGAACCUCCAGAAUCGGGUCUUUACGGUGAAUGGCAAACUGAGGAGUAUAAAUCAGAACCGGUUAUCGAUGGAAAAGUUCCAAGAAAUCAGUUUGGAAAUGUCAAUCUGUUUAAACCAAGCAUGUGUCCUGCUGGUGGUGUCCAUAUUCCCAGGAAAAUAGCAAAGAAACUUCAUAUUGAUUAUGGCGAUGCUGUGGUUGGUUUUGAUUUCCAAUCACGUCGGUGUAUACCUGUUGUAAAUGGAAUUGUGGUUCCUGAGGAGCAUAGUGAGAUGUUGAUGGAGGCAUGGAGAGAACAUUCAGAGCACGUAGCAGCAGUAAACGAAGCAAAAAAGCAAAAAGAAAUAUCAGAUCGACAGAAAAAAUUAAUAAAUAAAUUACAAGUACAACAAAGAUUACAGGAAGCAUAUGGAAAAGAAGAAAUAUUAGACGAAGAUUUGACUGAAGAUGAAGAAAAUGAGUUGUAUCAUGGAGACACAGACGAAGAGAAUGAUUCCAGUCGUCAUGUUAACAAUAUUGUCACUGAUUUGAACAACGAUGAAGAAUCUUCUAGCUCAGAAGAUGAUCCAGACGAAACUUAUGCUAACAAUAAGUCUAAUAAUGAUAAUGUCAUUACUAAUUUAGGUAGUGAUGAUAAUGUCAUUACUAAUUUAGGUAGUGAUGAUAAUGUGAUGUGUGAUUCGGAUGGAAUCAUGGACAUUAAUGAUAAUAAUAAUAGUUACAAUGGCACUGAAGGGGGAUUUAUAUUUGAAGAGAAUAGAAGUGAUCUUUUAACUGAAGAUACAGAAUUUAAAGAUAAUGGCAUGGGCAUGAAAGAAGUUGGUGAUGAUUAUAUUCAUUAUGAUACAAAAGGAGGGUUUUUGAUUGAAUAA